CGGAGUUGGUUUCGCUGUCGUCUUUCUGCUGUCCACUCCCCUCAGUUUGAGAAUAUUGGCACAAAGUUUGUUUUAUCUCCGGCGACGCUGCACCGUUUGAGAGCCGAAAAGCCGAAAUGGUGUUUAAAGUGACUGUCAACGGCUGGAGGGCUGCGAGGUCUCUGUGGCUGCUGCUGCUGGUGAGCCUGUCUGUGUGCAUCAGUGUCUGCCGAGCAACUUCAUCCCGGGAGGAGGACAGUGCCAUGGAGAACAUCGUUACUGAGAAGAAGGCUGAGGAGAGCCACCGGCAGGACAGCGCGGACCUGCUCAUCUUCAUCAUGCUCCUCACCCUCACCAUCCUCACCAUCUGGCUGUUCAAACACCGGCGCUUCAGGUUCCUGCACGAAACCGGGCUGGCGAUGAUUUAUGGCCUGAUUGUUGGUGUGAUCUUGCGUUACGGCAUACACGUUCCUCGGGAUAUCAGCAACAUCACAAUGAGCUGCCAUGUCAACGCCAGCCCCGCCACCCUGCUGGUCAACAUCAGCGGCAAAUUCUACGAGUACACUUUAAAAGGGGAGAUCAGUGCCAACGAGGUGAAUGACGUCCAGGAUAACGAGAUGCUGCGCAAGGUGACCUUUGACCCUGAAGUGUUCUUCAAUAUUCUCCUACCACCGAUCAUCUUUCAUGCUGGCUACAGCUUGAAGAGGAGACAUUUUUUCCGUAACAUGGGAUCCAUCCUGGCUUAUGCCUUUCUGGGGACAGUUAUUUCCUGUUUCAUUAUCGGGUUGCUCAUGUACGGCUGUGUGAUGCUGAUGAAGCAGGUGGGCCAGCUGGGUGGAGACUUCUUCUUCACCGAUUGUCUGUUCUUUGGAGCUAUCGUCUCUGCCACCGACCCUGUGACAGUCCUGGCUAUCUUCAACGAGCUGCAGGUGGAUGUAGACCUGUACGCGUUACUGUUUGGAGAGAGCGUGCUCAACGAUGCCGUGGCCGUGGUUUUGUCCUCAUCUAUCGUAGCGUACCAGCCAGAAGGAGACAACAGCCACACCUUCGAGGUUAUGGCGAUGCUGAAAUCUUUUGGGAUUUUUCUUGGAGUUUUCAGCGGCUCCUUUGCUCUGGGAGUAGCCACCGGAGUCGUCACCGCUCUCGUGACUAAGUUCACCAAACUGAGGGAUUUCCAGCUGCUGGAGACGGCUCUGUUCUUCCUCAUGUCGUGGAGCACAUUCCUGCUGGCUGAGGCUUGUGGCUUCACAGGUGUGGUAGCGGUGCUCUUCUGUGGAAUCACUCAGGCUCACUACACCUUCAACAACUUGUCUCCUGAGUCCCAGGACAGAACCAAGCAGCUGUUUGAGCUGCUAAAUUUCCUGGCGGAGAACUUCAUCUUCUCCUACAUGGGUCUGACCCUGUUCACCUUCCAGAACCAUGUCUUCAAUCCGAUGUUCAUCAUUGGAGCAUUUAUUGCGGUGUUCCUGGGAAGAGCUGCUAAUAUCUACCCUCUCUCAUUUCUUCUGAAUCUGGGACGACGCAACAAGAUCAGAUCCAACUUCCAGCACAUGAUGAUGUUUGCAGGCCUGCGAGGCGCGAUGACCUUUGCCCUCUCCAUCAGGGACACUGCCACGUAUGCCCGUCAGAUGAUGUUUUCCACCACUCUGCUGGUGGUGUUCUUCACAGUUUGGAUUUGUGGAGGUGGCACCACACAGAUGCUGUCCUGCCAGCGCAUACGUGUGGGAGUGGACUCUGAUCAAGACAACUCUAUGAGCAUUGCUGAGGGCUCAGAGAGAAGAAGCACCAAACAAGAAAGCGCCUGGCUUUUCAGGAUUUGGUACAACUUUGACCACAACUACCUGAAGCCCAUCCUGACUCACAGCGGCCCCCCUCUCACAGCCACACUGCCUCCCUGCUGCGGCCCCCUCGCCCGGUUCCUCACCAGCCCUCAGGCCUAUGAGAAUGAGUGCCAGCUGAAGGACGACGACUCCGACCUCAUCCUGACAGACGGUGACAUCAACCUGACCUACGGCGACAUUACAGUCAGUACAGACGCCACCGGUGCCCACACAAGCGGCGGUCCGGCCUUCGCUGGCGCUGCAACCUCGGAUGACUUGGACAGAGAGUUAGCGUAUGGAGAUCACGAGCUGGUGAUGAGGGGCACGCGCCUGGUGCUGCCCAUGGAUGACUCAGAGCCGCCCUUCCCAGACCACCCCAACCGCUUGAGGAUGUGAAAAUAGCCUCAGACCACCGACAACCGUCCGACUGACCCGAGCCAUUGAGCAUAAGACCAGUACCUGACUCUCCUUCUUUCACUCCUCUGCGUUGUUUUUCUUUUUUGUUCUUGCACUUGGACUCAUUCUACUUGCUUUUUUGUUCCUCACAUGUUUUCUCAUUGUUACAUUUGAUCACUUUUUCUAUAGACAAAUCACUGUCUCUACCUCAUUCUCUUUCUGCUCAUCUCCACUCCUUUCUGCCAUUGCUGUAAUAUAGUCAUAUUUAUUUUCAGGGGUUUUUUUUUGGUAUUCAACUGAAUGUCAGUUUUUCUCAGUUUUUGGCUUAAAUUUGUGUGUCGGUCACCUUACUGUAGCAUUGCACAGAGGUCUAGCAGCAUGUGUUAGUGUGUAAAUGCAACCACUAGCUAAUUUGUCAAUGUACAGUAUAUACCAAGAGUACUAUAACUUUGAUAUGCAUGCUGAGGAUGCUUGUUGUUUUCUUUGUAUGGGAGGUUGAGGGCUUUUGUGUUUUGGGUCUGACCUCGAAUGUUGCUGCCUUCUCUCUGUGCAUCAGAGGCAAAGCUGACCCAGUGGACAACUUUACUGUAUAUUUGGUUACAAUCAAGUGCCUGGGAAUUGUAGUUUUAAGCAUGACCAGCCCAGUACUGGGUCAGCUCUGGGAAGCGGAGCCGAUCCACGAUGGACAGUCAUUCAGUUUUCAUUUGUAAAAAAGAAAGGAAAAAAAACUAUAUACUAAAAACAAAACAGACACCUCUGUCCAUAAGGUAGCAAUAUACUCAGUGGGCUGUGAGUUUGUGCUGUUCACUUGUACAUAGUGUGUAACAAUGUGAUGCCACUGAUGCAGUGUAACCUGGCAGUGAAAGUUGUGGAUCUCUCCCAAUGACCUUUGACUGUGACAUAGAGAGAGAGACUUUACACCUUAUUUUAGAAGCUGAUGUCGCUCACAGCAGAACGAAGGGCUGUUGUUUUGAAAACGAGAUCCAAGAGAGUUAAAGUGAGCAAGCUUAGUGCCAUUUCUGUCCUGCAUUUUGACAUUUUAUGAAAACUGAAUGCAGAGGACCUUAAAGUGUUUUGUAUUCCUUUUGCAACAGAGCUUAAGUACUUUAAGCUGAAUCACAUUUUUCAUAUCCAUUUAGCUUACAUUUUCUAUUACAGUAUAUGAAUCAUAUUUUUCAUAUUAAAUUGACCUGAAAAACACAUACAGGUAUUUGAAUCUGGCACUAAAAGAACUUAGGAUGAUGUUAUUGGUAAGCACACAAGAAUUUUGUAAGCAGAAUUUGGGCAAAUCAGAAUUGAUUAUUGCUGUAUCCGGUUUGAGUAGGGCUGCCUGCCACCAGUCACUAUUUUCAUUAUUCAUUAAUCUACAAGUUAUUCCAUGAUUAUUUGAUUCGUCGUUUUGUCUAUGAAAUGUCAAACCAGUAGUGAACAAACCCAUCACUAUCUAACAGACUUUAAUAUGAAGUAUUUUAGUGUCUUGCUGUAUUUGAUGAACAGCUGAAAACUGAAAAAUAUUCACUUUACAAUCUGAGGAGCUGGAGAGUUUUGUGCACUUUGUUAAAAAAAUACUCAAAUGAUUAACCUGCUAUUAAAAUUCUUGCAGGUUAACUUUUGACUAGGUGAUUAAAUGAUGCAGCCUUAGAUUUUAUACGAUGAAUACCAUAAUACCAUUUGUGUAAGACAAGCCCACCUGAUGAUUAUUCUAAUGAAUCAAUCCCCAAUAUGAGCAGAUAUUUACACUGGUACUGUGGUAGUUUGUCAUUAUGAGAACUGCCAAAGUAGAACAACAAUAGUUGUUUAUAUGCUGGAUGUUGUUUUUCUUUGCUGUACACACAAGGGUUCUUGAGGUUUGAUGGUUGAACAGGGGUUUUGUAGCAUUAAGGUGCAUAAAGUCAUGAAAAUAAUAUUAAAUACAUACUAUUAAAGAGUACUCCUGCCUGGAUGUGUUAGCAGUGUACUCUGUAGAGGUUAUUUUGGUACAUGUACCAGCAGAACGGAUGGUUUUGUAGCAGCUGUUAAUGUGGGUUUAACAGGAAGUGUUGAUAGGAUGUCACCGUGGCAACGCUGUGUUGAUGCAGACAGAAGCCAGAAAACAUUUGGUGACUUAGCCGAACACAACGGUUUUGUGUUUUGGCCUCUCGGUGACUCAAAGAAAAAUAAAACUGGGUGUGUGCAGAAUGGAUAGGAGAGACCGAUGAUGGUUAAAGAAUAGCGUAAAGAUUGGAGGAGAGAGAUGUGGACAGUGGAGGAUAGCCAGGCCUGUGUUUGUAUGAGUGUUUGUCUGUUGGGGAUGAUGCAGAGGUGGAAGGAAGACAUCGCUUUUCCUUCCGCAGUUAUCUUCUGCUGUGCAGGAGCUUCUAAUUUAAAUGCUUUUUUAAUCAGACAUUCCACUCGGCGCCACAUGAUCUUUAAUAUGAUUUAUUAUUUCCACAAUUUUAUAUAGGUUUCUGUUUGUGUUAUUGGGUGUUUGUUUUUGGGUUUUUUUUGACGAAGGGAAGUAAUGAAGUAAAGAAAAAAGCUGAAUAAUUUGCACUCAUCUGUUGAGAAUGUUGUUACUUUGUAUUGUUUUGCUAUGUGCUUGUUUUAUCUAACAUCUGCUUUUAUAUUAUUUUGCUUACGUUUUGAAGGUUGUGGGGAAAUUAGCAGAUUCAUGGCAGUUCAGUGAAAUGUCAAGCUAAGUUGGUUCGUUUUGAAAUUCUUCUCUUUGCGGUGGCAGUAGAGCUGGUUAAAAAUCCUUUCAUACCAUUGCUCCAUCUUAUGACUUCACCAUUCAGUUACUUUGUACGUAUGUUUGCAUCAAGUCGCUGUGUUUGAGGCGGUUGCCAUGACGUCUAUAGAACAUGAAUCAUUUACUCCACUGACGAUGGACCCCUUGGGGGGGAAAAAAAGUUUAUUAUAUACAAGCAGAAGUGUGUGCCACUGUUCUUUAACUGACACAUUAAAAAAUGUGAAAUCUGCAAAGGUAAAAUAGGUUUUGGUGUUUGCCUACUGCUCUGCCAGUACGUGUUUCUGUCUCUGUUCUCUGAAUGAUGACUCGUGAUAAGCUUUGAUCAUUGGAGAUGUUGUCUGAAGUAGCUGACCAAAGAGGCCUGCUGUGCUCUGUGCUUUCAGACCGUCCUCUCUAUCUUUAUACUGCAAACUCUCUGUCUGAAUGUGUGUGUGUGUGUUAAUGCCUGCAAGUGUACAUGGAUGUAUGUACUUGUGUGUGCGUGUGUAAGCGGGAAAGACAUUGUGUCGUCUCUUUUCCUCUGUGUUGCAGGUACUGACUGUUUACAUCUGUGUAAAUAUACUCUCACCUGUUCAUGUGCGUGCAACGGACAAUAAACAGAAGCCUGUGCUUUUGAUUAAA